GACUUAACCUGUGAAAAUGGCGUUGUUCGUAGUGGGAGACUGGAGUUAGUUCAGAAUCAUACAGUGGCAUUUAUUCAGUUAUCGGGCAACGCGCGCAAAGAUAACCACAACAGUAUGGCGACCCUGGAUCAGAAAUCACCCAACGUGCUUCUCCAGAGCCUCUGCUGCAGAAUCACGGGGAAAAGCGAAGCUGAAGUUGCCCCCCAGUUCCAGUACGCAGUGCGAGUCAUUGGCAGUAACUACGCCCCCAGUAUUGAACGAGACGAGUUCCUGGUGUCAGAGAAGAUCAGGAAAGAAUUGCUGAAGCAGAGGAGAGAAGCAGACGCUGCUCUGUUCUCUGAGCUGCACAGAAAACUUCAGACACAGUGUGUUCUGAAGCAUCGCUGGUCUGUUCUCUACUUGCUGCUCAGCCUCUCUGAAGAUCCCCGCAAACCGUCCAGUAGGGUUGGAAACUAUGGGGCACUCUUUGCCCAGGCCCUCCCCAGGGACGCCCACUCCACCCCGUUCUACUGCACCCGGCCCCAGAGCCUGGCCCUGGGCUAUGGGGAGAGGACUGCGGGUCUGUCAGCCAGCGUGGGGACCAGUGGCAUCUCAAGCCUGGGAGUCUACACACUGAACGGGCCCACGGCAACUCCGCAGUCGCUGCUGGCCGGUCAACCCCUUCAGUCUGCAGCAGGAGGCGGUCAGCCUCUGGGCUCCCGGCUAGCCUGGGCUCUUCCUGUAAGCUGCUCCCCUUCCUCUGCUCUGGGCCCGCUCCCCUCUCGACCCCCCGUUGGACCUCCAGCUCUCUCCACCAGAGUGGUCCAUCCUCGCAGAGACGGAGAGGUGAGCGAGGCAGCGCUGGUGCGGGACAUCCUCUACGUCUUCCAGGGAAUCGAUGGCAAGUUCAUCAAGAUGAGCGUCCAGGAUAACUGCUACAAAACAGACAGCAAGGUGGUGCUGUGCAAGUCCCUGAGAGACACCAGCAGCAGACUGGCCGAGCUCGGCUGGCUCCACAACAAAGUCAGGAAGUACACCGACGCCAGGAGCCUCGACCGGGCCUUCGGACUGGUCGGACAGAGCUUCUGUGCCUCGCUCCACCAGGAGCUGAAGGAGUACUACAGGUUGCUGUCUGUCCUCCACUCCCAGUUGCAGGUGGAGGAUGAGCAGGGUGUGAACGUGUGCACAGAGAGCAGUCUGACUCUCAGAAGGCUGCUGGUCUGGAUGUACGACCCCAAAGUCCGUCUCAAAACACUGGCUGCUCUUGUUGACUUCUGCCAAGGUCGUAAAGGAGGUGAGCUGGCCUCGGCGGUCCAUUCUUAUGGGAAAACAGGAGACCCACAGAUGAGAGCGCUGGUUCAACACAUCCUCAGCCUGGUGUCACACCCCAUCCUCAACUUCCUGUAUAGGUGGAUCUAUGAUGGAGAGCUGGAAGAUACCUACCACGAGUUCUUUGUAGCAUCAGACCCCAACGUGAAGACAGACCGCCUGUGGCACGACAAGUACUCCCUCAGGAAGUCAAUGAUCCCCUCAUUCAUCACCAUGGACCAGGCCCGCAAGGUUCUGCUGAUUGGUAAAUCCAUCAACUUCCUGCAUCAGGUUUGUCACGACAGAACGCCGCCGGGCAAAAUCACGGCAGCAUCCAAGUCGGCAGACACACCCAAAGACGCUGCAGAGCUGCUGUCCGACCUAGAGGGGGAGUUUCAGGAGAAGAUCGACGCUGCCUAUUUUGAUACCAGCAAAUACCUGCUGGACGUUCUGAAUCGCAACUACCUGCUCCUGGAGCAUCUGCAGGCCAUGAGGAGAUACCUGCUGCUGGGCCAGGGGGACUUCAUCAGACAUCUCAUGGACCUGCUCAAGCCGGAGUUGGUGCGUCCUGCCACCACUUUGUACCAACACAACCUGACGGGUAUCUUAGAGACGGCAGUCAGAGCCACAAACGCCCAGUAUGACAAUGCAGAGAUUCUAAAGAGGCUGGACGUACGCCUGCUAGAGGUGUCUCCUGGUGAUACAGGCUGGGAUGUUUUCAGUCUGGACUACCACGUGGACGGACCCAUUGCUACGGUGUUUACCAGGGAGUGCAUGGGCCACUACCUGCGUGUGUUUAAUUUCCUUUGGAGGGCAAAGAGGAUGGAGUACACACUGACUGACAUCUGGAAGGGACAGAUGUGUAAUGCCAAGUUGCUCAAAACCAUGCCUGAGUUGUCCGGUGUGCUGCAUCAGUGUCACAUCCUGGCCUCUGAGAUGGUCCACUUCAUCCACCAAAUGCAGUACUACAUCACCUUUGAGGUGCUGGAGUGCUCCUGGGAUGAGCUGUGGAACAAAGUGCAGCAGGCUCAGGACCUUGACCACAUCAUCGCUGCACAUGACGUCUUCCUUGACACCAUCAUCUCAAGAUGCCUGCUGGACAAUAACAGCAGGUCUCUUUUGAACCAGCUGAGGGCCAUAUUUGACCAGAUCAUCGAGUUCCAGAAUGCCCAGGACUCACUCUACCGCUCGGCACUGGAGGAACUCGCCCUCCGACUGCAGUACGAGGAGAAGAAGCAACGGAGAGAGGAAGAGGGUCAGUGGGGAGUGACGGCCGAACAGGAAGCGGAGGAGAAGAAGAGGGUUCAGGAGUUCCAGGAAACCAUACCAAAGAUGCGCUCCCAGCUCCGCAUCCUCACCCACUUCUACCAGAGCAUCGUCCAGCAGUUCCUGGUGUUGCUGAUGACAAGUCCGGAUGAGAGCCUACGUUUCCUCAGCUUCAGACUGGACUUCAAUGAACACUACAGGGCCAGAGAGCCGAGGCUACGCGCCUCACUAGGCGCCAACCGAGGGCGACGGCUGUCAAACAUCUGACAUGACGACGAUGGCAUCGCCAGACGAGGCUUCCAGUCAUUGGAGCAUGGGGUAUGACAUCACAGUGGGCAGUUGUGACAUCACAGAGACGGGCCGGGCCAGCAGACUUUAAAGUGCUUUACAUUGAGAUGAUGUCAUGCCUUGGAGGAGCGGUCCAGCGCUUUUCUGAACAUUGCGGUAUCACGGCAGCGGCGGUCGCCAAGUGAUGACAUCACAGCAGACGGCUCCAGUGAAGUUGGCUGAGUGGGCUCGCAAUGGAAUAAAGUCCAGUCAGUUCAAACCUUCAGAUCUCAUCGUUGGCGACAUCUACGAAAAGCGUGAGGUAAAUUUGGGGAAACUGUCCGGCCGAGUGUGAGGAGGCAAACAAAAGCUGCCGUCAGACUGAUCUCCCCGAGUCUGACAGGGCCCCUUUACAGGGCAUGCCUUAUUAAUGAGGAAAAACAAAACCUCUUUUCUCAGCGUGGUUGCCAAAUCUAGUCCCAACACACAAUGUCUGUACAUAGUGUUUAUGCAAAAAUGUAUGUACGUGUGUGUGUAUGUAUAUAUAUAUAUAUAUAUAUAUAUAU